AUGGGGAACACUCAGGCGAAUGAAAAACAAUCUAAAACUGGAAAAUCACCAGCAAAAGGUAAACAUUUUAUGCGUAAUUUAAACAAAAAAGGAUCAAUAAAGGAGAGUAAAAAACGUGCAAGAAAAAAGAGCAACGCGAAACGAGAGACAUUCGACAGAGAGUUCGAUAAAACGCCAGAUUCUGAUAACAAUGAAACGAUUGAAGCAUCCGAUAACGAUAUGGCCGAGUGCGUGUUCAAAACAUCGUGCCGAGGAGCGGGAGGUAUGGAAACAAGCAGUGUGCAGUCGGAGGUAACGGUGUCCAGGUGCGAGGCGCGCGCGGAGCGCCGGUCACCGACCCGUGACCAGUCGCAGCCGCCUCUCAACGAUUCCAACUCGGAGUCAGUAUUCACAGAACCCCUCACGCCGCUCGCCGUUGAGCUCAACCAGUGUUAUUACUCUGCAGAAAGCGAUAGUGCGCACGACGAGCCUUUCCGCACCCUCACACCCACGCAAAUAAAUGCGCUUAUAGAUGUUUCGCCAGAAAACGACUGGCCGGUUGUAAACAUGCCGCACGCAAACGCUACAACACCACAACACGAUAUAGAAAAAGAAAUUAAAAGUGACAUUUUCGAUGAAAACUGUGAAACGAGUGUUAACGAAAGAACAAUGGGUUCUAUAUUAUCACGGUCGAAACAGGAUAAUUUGGAGCCAAAUGAGUGCAGCCAUGACUUCCUUGAAAACCGGCUGAAAGCAUGUCCCGGACAAACUUCUUUCACGCUCUCCAAACAUCGCAAGGUUGACUUACCACCAGUGACCGCGUGCGAGCGAUCUCUCGCCGUGAUCGAUAACGAUAAAGAUCGCCGACAUUCUAGCCUUAGUGAAGCGCCUGUGACAGAAUCCAACGUGCUCAGAAAAGUGGCGUCACUUACACUAGAUAAGCUGACGGAUUCAAAAGUUGUACGACCUAAGUUUGUGCCAGAGAAGUUAGAUUUCCAGCUUUAUGAAAAAUUUGAAGGACAGAUGCUUCUGAAUUGGUUCAUGUCAUCAAUUGCUGAAAACAGUCAUCUGAAAAACCUUCUAAGUACGCAAGAUCUGAAAAAUAUUGGCAUUCAAUAUUGUACUCACCUCUUAGCAGCAGGUGUCCUGAGGCAGAUAUCUGAUAAAGAUGCACCUACAGAAAACGUAUUUAAGCCUAAUCUAAUGUAUUAUUGGACACAUAUGGAGGCACCAGCUUUACAGCCAGUUACACCAGGACGAUUACAAAUGUGCACAUGGCCACCUGACAAAGAAAUUAAUCAAAUAGCUAGAGAUAACAGUACAUUUUAUAGCAGUAUGGAAACUGAUCAGUUUUCAAAAGGUUAUCAAAACAAUAUUGAAGAAAUAAAUGACAUUAAUGAAGCAAAAGUUGUUAUUUCACAAUUAAGGAAGAAAUUGCAAGACCUGGAAUAUCAAUUACAAAAAGAAAAAAUUAAUAAUCAAAUUGAGAUUUUAAAUAAAAAUUUGCAAAAUAGUUUUAUCUCUUUGCCAGAGAGUAAUUACAUUAAAGACAAAGUUGGUUUAUUUGUUGACAGAGCAAAUAAAGAAGUUCAGACGUCGAAAACAAUAAAUGAAAUUAAUAAUCUAACCAGCAGGACACAGAUAUGUCCUCCAAAAUAUGAUAGCCAAAUAAGGAGAAAUAGUAAUGAUGAUAACACAUUAGGUAUAAGUAGGUUAGCUUUUAAAAAUGGAAUUUCGGUCAAUGAAAGUGAAAAUGAAAAAAGAUCUGAGAAAAUUGAAAAUUACUGUAAAUUGAAUAAAAGUAGAGAAUAUAAUAAACCUAUUGGUAAAGAUGGAUAUUUUGAGAAUAUUGAUAACAAUAAUUUAUUAAUUGAUAGUGAAGCCCAAAGUCUUCCAGUUAGUAGUUAUGAUAUUUUUCAUGAUCAUCAGAACAUCAGUUUAAUAGCUACUUGUGAAAGUUCCUCUGACAAUUCUUUUGCAAGUACCUAUACAUCAAGUGAAUUAAUAAAUAAUAGAUCUAAUAAUGAAAAUAUAUUAAAUUUACAAAAAAAUGAAAUAAUUGUCCAAAAUGCUACAUGUGCAACUGAUAAAUAUGUAACAAAAACUAUAUUUUCCAAAAUUGAUCAAUAUACAUCAUCAGACAUUAAUCAAACAUUGCAAGAAGACAAUUGUGAAAUUUUACAAAAAGAUGUUCAUAAUUUAUCACAACCCAAUUCUCAAACUUCACUAACGGAAACAAAAGAUGUGUCAUCUGAUGAUGCUCAUAACUUACCUAUUACUUUAAAAUUGUCUAAGUCUAUUUUUGAACCUAAUGAAGAAGUGUCUUCUCUUCCACCUCCCUCACCGGGAAAGACCCCAUCUCCGCCUCCAGCUCCAGGGACACACUCAAUUACACCUGAAUUAAUGACUCCAGCACCAUAUAUUACUCCAACUCAAUCCAAGUCUUUUACUCUAUCUGUGUCACCUUUAACACCUUCUUCAGAUGCAAUAUCUGAAACAAAUACUAUAUCACAGUCACUGUCGGUUCCUGUUUCAAAUGAAGAAAAAUCUCCAUUAAUUAAAUCAGAGACUCCAAAAACAAACAAACCUCUUUCAACUUAUUUAGAUAAAUGCUCUGCCCAACUUUUGAUUUCCGAAAGAGAUAAUGAAGGAACAACAUUUUCUUCUGAACUUGGUCAUCAGAUAUCAUUAUCAGUACUGGAUACUAUUAUAACUACCUCAACUACAGGCGACGAAACUUGUUUACAAAAUACCCCAUCAACACCAGACGUUAUCCCACCGCCUUCCCAGUCCCCACCAUUGAACGAUAGAGAUCAGUUUACUUCCAAAAUACCUAUGUCUGUGUCAAUGCCUACUGCAAAGGCUGUGGCGCCACUAGUACCAUCAAUACCGGAUUUAGACUCUCAAUCCUCAGCAAUGCCUGAAUCAAUCCCACCGCCUUCUCCAACGCCUGGAAUAAGCCCACCGCCUUCUCCAACGCCUGGAAUAAGCCCACGACCACCACCUCCUCCAAUGUCCGGAAUUGGUCAAGCACCCUUUCCGAUGACUGGAACAGGCCCGCCGCCUCCCCCAAUGCCUGGAACGGGUCAAGCGCCACCUCCACCUCCAAUGCCUGGAAUGAACACACCGCCUCCUCUAACGCCAGGGUUGGGUCCACCUCCUCCUCCUAUGCCUGGCAUGGGCCCUCCGCCUCCUCUAACGCCAGGGUUGGGUCCACCUCCUCCUCCUAUGCCUGGCAUGGGCCCUCCGCCUCCUCCUAUGCCUGGCAUGGGCCCUCCGCCUCCUCCUAUGCCUGGCAUGGGCCCUCCGCCUCCUCCUAUGCCGAGCAUGGGCCCUCCGCCUCCUCCUAUGCCUGGCGUGAGCCCUCUGCCUCCUCCUAUGCCAGUUAUGGGUCCACCUCCUCCCCCAAUGCCUGGGAUGGGUCCACCUCCUCCCCCAAUGCCUGGGAUGGGUCCACCGCCACCUCUUAUGCCAGGAACUUGUCCACCGCCACCACCAAUGCCUGGCGUAGGCCAGACGUUAACUUCAGGCUCUAAUAUCCAUCCACCUCCAUUACCUCCACAUAUUCCAGGGUCAAAUAUACCUGCUCCUCCUGGUGUGGUAUCACAACAAGCGGGGCCUCUGCCAUUCCCUACACCACCAGUAGGCGGAUGGAACAUGCAACGUGCCACCUUAAGAAAAACACCUGUAAAACCUGCCGCACCCAUGAAGCCGUUAUAUUGGACUCGAAUUUUAGCUGCACCAGUGAAACCAAUAAGUCAAGGAGAGCCCGACCCUGCGGGAUUAAAGCCGUUAUGGCUAGAAAUUGAAGAAACAAAUUUGGAUAAUAUAGAUGAAUUCACAGAUUUAUUUUCACGUCAAGUGGUUAAAGCACCAGUGAAGAAGAAAGUAGAAGUAAAAGCGAAGAUACAACCAGUAAAAUUGUUGGAUAGCAAGAGAUCGCAGAAUGUCGGUAUAUUAGCACAAAGUUUGCACCUAGAGUUCUCAGAGAUAGAAAACGCGAUUUACAAUUUUGAUACAUCUGUUGUUAGUUUGGAAACCUUGCAACAGAUUUAUGACUUGCGGGCAAGUGAUGAAGAAUUAAUGCAAAUUAAAGAGCAUUUAAAAAAUAAACCCGAUAUACCAUUGGAUAAACCUGAAGCAUUCUUACACGACUUAUCUGGAAUACCAAACUUUGCUGAACGAAUAUCUUGUUUUAUGUUUCAAGCUGAAUUUGAAGAUGCGGUUAACACAACAAUGCACAAAUUAGAUAACUUAAAACAUACUUGUGAAUUUCUUAUUACAAGUGAGCCCUUAAAGCAGCUGUUUGCUAUAAUCUUAACUCUGGGCAAUUACAUGAACGGCGGCAACUGCCAAAGAGGACAAGCUGAUGGUUUCGGUCUGGAGAUACUUGCGAAGUUGAAAGAUGUUAAGUCGAAGCAGUCGCAAGUGACGCUGCUGCACUUCAUCGUGCGCACGUAUAUGCGGGCGCGCGGCGGCGCGCUGGCGGCGGGCUGCGCGCUGCCGGUGCCGGAGCCGGGCGACGUGGCGCGCGCCGCCGCGCUCGACUUCGCCGACGUCGCCGCGCACCUGCACGCGCUGCGCACGCGCCUGCAAGCAUGUAGAGAACAAACAAAGAAAGUAAUUGAAUGUGACGCACAAAGGAAUGAAGACGGCAAUUCUCCAUCUGGUGAAAACACUAAGAGGCUUGAAGUAUUUAAAGAAAAAAUGACUACAUUCCUUGACGCUGCUGAGGAAAAACUUAAGACUGAGAAUGAUAAUUUAGAAGAGUGCCGUGCAAAGUUCAUUGCCACAAUGAAGUUCUAUCAGUAUACACCGAAAUGUGGCAAGGUGGAGGACUGUGAACCUAAGGAAUUCUUUUCGCUCUGGACGUCGUUUUGUAGUGAUUUUAAAGACAUUUUCAAGAAGGAGGAACAAAUAGCCAUAAAAGAAAAGUUAAAAGAGACCAAAAAACUACAAGAGGAAAGGAAAUCUUUGACACAACCAAAAAAAGAAGGUGGACUUAAGGCUCGACUACAAAAGUUGUCAGGUACUAAGAAAUGA